AUGGCAACUGGAGGAGAUCCUAGUGCAAUACGUUCGGAACAAACUGAUAUCAAAGAUGAAAAUACAUUACAGAAUUUUUCAAAGAAAACACUGAAGUUUGUCGUCAUUGGAAAAACUGGGACCGGCAUAAGUUUUACUGCUAAUGCCAUACUAAAUAAAAAAUAUUUUACAUCUAAAGCAAGCAAAAGGUCCAUCACCACAGAGUUGCGUCGUGGCGAAUCUAUAUCAAUAACAAAUGGAAUGAAAACUGUUGUUUUUGACACCCCAGGCAUGUUUAAUACAUAUCUAACGACAGACGAGGUAAAGUCAAAUUUAAAGAAAAGUGUAGAUUGUGUUUCACCAGGACAAUAUGCCCUAAUAUAUGUAUUACCUCUACGAGGACAAAUGAACGAAGACCGAAUCACGCUUAAAGAAAUGAUUAAUGUUUUCGGUGAAGAAAUGUUUAGAUCAAUCAUUAUAGUAUUCACAGACAGUGAGAUAUCAGACGUUAUAAAUAACUGCACAUUAGAGGAAUACUUGAAAGACAUGCCAGACUAUAUAAUUGAUUUGAUUAACAGAUGCGAAAAAAGAUACACAGUCCUCAGUUUUGAUGGAGAUGGCAUUUCCCAGAAUGGUGACAACGAUGUCUAUGAACCUUUUCUAGAGUUGAAAGGAGAUGACAUUUCUGAGAAAGGUAACACUGCUGUCGGAGAAACCUCUCUUGCAAUGAAAGGAGAUGGCAUUUCCCAGAAUGGUGACAACGAUGUCUAUGAACCUUUUUUAGAGUUGAAAGGAGAUGACAUUUCUGAGAAAGGUAACACUGCUGUCGGAGAAACCUCUCUUGCAAUGAAAGGAGAUGACAUUUCUGAGAAAGGUAACACUGCUGUCGGAGAAACCUCUCUUGCAAUGAAAGGAGAUGAUAUUUCUGAGAAAGGUAAUACUGCUGUCAAAGACACUUCUAUUAAAAAGAAAGGUAAUGUUGUGAACAGAUAA